AUGUCCUGCCAGCAGAGCCAGAAGCAGUGCCAGCCGCCUCCCAAGUGCCCCUCACCCAAGUGCCCCCCGAAGAGCACAGCACAGUGUCUGCCUGCAGCCUCCUCCUGCUGUGCUACAAGCUCUGGGGGUUGCAGUGGCCUUGGCGGCUCUGAGGGCGGCUGCUGCCUGAGCCACCACAGGCGCAGGUCCCACCGAUGCAGGCGCCGGAGUUCCAGUUCCUGUGACCAUGGUCAGCAGUCUGGGGGCUCUGGUUGUGGUCACAGCUCUGGGGGCUGCUGCUGA